AUGGCUCAUUCUCGUGCUAUUUUCCUCUUCACUAUCAUUGCUACUAUCUUCUCAACUAUGGCUGUGGCAAAAGAUUUUGUAGUUGGAGAUGAAAAAGGUUGGACACUUGGAGUUGAUUAUCAAGCUUGGGCCGCAAACAAGGUCUUUCGUCUGGGAGACACACUCACUUUCAUGUAUGAUGGUGAUAAGGACAAUGUGGUGAGAGUGAGUGGAAGUGAUUUUCAGAGUUGCUCAUUUCCUUCGACAGCACCAGUGUUGAGAAGUGGACAUGAUACAAUUGUAUUGACAACUUACGGAAGAAGAUGGUACAUUUCAGGUUUUACCAAUCACUGUAAACUUGGACAAAAGCUUGUCAUAACUGUCUUGCCACCACAACAAUUAGAUUGGUCUCUAAUACCUUCACCUUCACCCUCGCCCGUGCCUGCUCCUGAAGCUGCACCGACUCCGAAUGCACCAUGGACCGCCACUGUUCCCCGCCGAUCCAUGCUGCCAAAGAAGCUAUUAAAAAUGAUUCACAGAAAUAUGAUAGCUGUUUGA